AUGGCAUGCAUCAACAGCACCUUCCAGAGUUGCUCCAUUGCCAGAGGAGCAAAGAUCAGCACAAGGGCUAGGGGCAGUAGUGGGGGGAAGGGGUCACCGACCUUUCAGUGCAGGGCGUCGACUUUCGUGGACGCCAGCCUCCGGCUUGAGCUCGACGAGAACCCUGAGGCAAUCAUCUCGGGGCACGUGGCGCUCUUGGGUGAGACCAUGUCAACACCUGUGCUAGUGGCCACAGCAGAUCAGACCCUGGAGGAGGUCGAAUGCCACUUUGAGGCCGUGUCAGGGCUUCCAGUUGUAGACAGCAGCUUCAGAUGUAUUGGGGUGGUCGUCAAGAAUGACCGGGCCAGAGCUUCUCAUGGGUCAAAGACAAAGGUCUCAGAAGUGAUGACCUCUCCAGCCAUCACACUAUCUUCUGACAAAACUGUGAUGGAUGCUGCGGUUCUGAUGCUCAAGAAGAAGAUCCACAGACUACCAGUUAUAAAUCAGGACGAACAAGUAAUAGGUAUAGUUACCCGUGCUGAUGUUCUUCGUGUGCUGGAAGGCAUGCUGAAGGUUUAG